UCUUUCUCUCUAUCCCAAUACUCAACUCAAUUAAAGUCUCUCUUCUUGAAGUCAGUUUAUUCAACAGCAUUUUUGCUCCAUACAUAUACACCUUGUCUCUCUCUCUCGGCAGUGAUGGCGGGGGGAGGAUUAGCGGCUCCGGCCGGGGGAGGGACCCAGUUUGAGGCGAAGAUAACACCAAUCGUGAUCAUUUCGUGUAUCAUGGCCGCUACCGGUGGCCUCAUGUUCGGCUACGACGUCGGCGUUUCAGGAGGAGUUACUUCAAUGGGCCCUUUCUUGAAAAAGUUUUUCCCAGUGGUUUACCGGAGGACUCAGGCCGGCGACCACGACAGCAACUACUGCAAGUACGACAACCAGGGGCUACAGAUGUUCACAUCAUCCCUAUACUUGGCUGGGUUAACGGCGACCUUUUUCGCGUCGUACACGACGCGGCGGCUCGGCCGGAGGCUCACCAUGUUGAUCGCCGGAGUCUUCUUCAUAGUUGGUGUGAUACUAAAUACUGCGGCCGUGAAUAUUGAAAUGCUCAUAAUUGGACGGGUCUUGCUUGGCUGUGGUGUUGGCUUUGCUAAUCAGGCGGUUCCGCUGUUCCUAUCGGAGAUUGCGCCGACAAGGAUUCGGGGAGGACUAAACAUAUUAUUCCAGCUGAAUGUAACCAUAGGCAUUCUCUUUGCCAACCUUGUCAACUACGGCACUGCAAAGAUAGAAGGGGGAUGGGGUUGGAGGGUAUCCCUGGGUCUGGCCGGGAUUCCAGCGCUACUUCUAACCGUGGGAUCUCUGAUGGUGGUGGACACCCCAAACAGCCUGAUUGAGCGUGGCCGCUUGGACGAAGGCAAGGCGGUGCUGAGAAGGAUUCGGGGCGUGGAUAACGUUGAACCAGAGUACUUGGAGCUGGUUGAGGCUAGCCGUGUAGCCAAACAAGUGCAGCACCCCUUUAGGAAUCUCCUCAAGAGGAGGAACCGUCCUCAAUUGAUCAUUGCCAUGGCCUUGCAGAUCUUCCAGCAAUUCACCGGAAUCAACGCGAUCAUGUUCUACGCACCGGUCCUCUUCAACACGUUAGGAUUCAAAGAUGACGCAUCCCUCUACUCCGCUGUCAUAACCGGUGCGGUCAAUGUCAUCUCUACCGUCGUCUCCAUCUACUCCGUCGACAAAGUUGGCCGGCGCUUCCUCCUCCUCGAAGCCGGCGUCCAGAUGUUCCUCUCCCAAACGGUCAUCGCGGUGAUCCUCGGACUAAAAUUGAAGGACAGCACAUCAAGCAGCCUCCCCAGUGGCUACGCCAUCAUGGUCGUGAUCAUGGUGUGCACGUUCGUGUCGGCUUUCGCAUGGUCGUGGGGACCGCUCGGGUGGCUGAUCCCCAGCGAGACCUUCCCGCUGGAGACCAGGUCGGCCGGGCAGAGCGUGACCGUCUGCGUCAACCUCCUGUUCACUUUCGUGAUCGCCCAGUCGUUCCUGUCGAUGCUGUGCCAUUUCAAGUUCGGGAUCUUCUUGUUCUUCUCGAGUUGGGUGUUGGUCAUGUCGGUAUUCGUGCUGUUUCUGGUACCCGAGACGAAGAACGUGCCGAUCGAGGAGAUGACGGAGAGGGUUUGGAAGCAGCAUUGGCUGUGGAAGAGGUUUAUGGACGACGACGACGAACACAGACUGGAGGGGGGAAAGGGGAUUGAUGGAGAGAAAAAUGGUUAUAGAAAUGGGUUUGAUCCUGUUUCCCAGUUGUAGGUAGUGAAGGGAAGUUUUUGUGAUUCAAUAGAAGGAAAACACGACAUGAAUUGAAGAGGCACAUGUACCAUUACAGUAUGAAUGAUUAUUACAGACAUUGGUUAGCCAAAAAAAGAUAAUAUACAAUGAGGCCUUUCGAUCAAACACAUUUUGUUUUUGUGACAACUUGUAAUAUACAGAAUGAUGGGCCCUCAAGAGGGUUGUAGUUCAGCCUCUGCUCCGGGUUGGGCCAGAUCUGGGGACGAGAUAAAGCAAGGGUGGCUAGGACCACUCGGUCUUCUCCGGCGAAUAAGUUAUUCGAUCCUAGGCGGUAAGCUCCGACGACAUUGACGGUGGCCGGAGGUUCUAUUUCUCUAGUUUUUUUUUUCUUUUUUUCUUUUCCUUUUCUUUAGCGAUGUUUAGUUGUGAUUUCCCUUGCGGAGUAUUUCCUCCCCUUCACGGGAAGUUUUCUUCCCUUUUGUGGGUGUUUUCCAACGGUGGAUAGGCGUGUUAUUUCUAUAUGUGCGAGUUUAAUUUUGUCAGGUGUGUUGGUAAUGGUGCAAUUCAUUGUUUGGCUUGUAAAGGUUUUGGAGGAUAGGUGUUUCUACUUGGGAAGUCUAUCAGUCGUUGUGGCAGUCCAUGCCUUUGUUAAAAGAUGGAUGUGCUCUUUGUUUUUCCAAUAAUUAUAAUGGUGCUGUUUUCCAUAGGAUUCUAAAGUUGUGUAUCUAUACCUUUAUUAGUGAAUAAUACAUCGUCUUUUACCUUGUCAUA